CUUGCGACGUCGGUGAAACGCUUUCAUUUCAGUCGGUAUGCCGCUGCGCAGGGAAGCGCAGGGAAGCCUAUAGUCUACCUAGAGGUGAAAUAAAAUACAUAGUCCAGGAGGGAUGGUAGGCUAUAUUCGUUCAUAUUUGAGGAUGCAUUUUUUUCUAUCUCGUGCACACCUAUAGCUAUGUAUGUCCUCCAAUGCAAAUAGGUAUAGCCUAGGUUGUAACCGGUUGGACGUUUCAAUCUGAAUUGACUGGCUAGCAGUAAAUAGACUAGUAGGCUAUUACUCCGUGAUUGUUACAAUCUCCCAGAUUGUCGGCGAGUUACUGCAGUCGAUGCUGCAGUUUUAGGCUCUUGCACCGGGCUGUGUGCUGCGACCGCAAACUCAAUGAGAAAGACAUGCUUUCCUUCGUUCUGGUCUCUGGGUCUGUCUGGAUAAUAUUAGAGCUGAGUUCCACCCUGAUGGAGAGGAUGCAGGCCCAGGAGCUAAUGAGCAGUCUACGGCUGCCUGAGCUGGAUGAGUUAACCCAGUUCUUCCGCUCCCUGCCCACCUCCACACUGGUGGGAAUCGGUGCUCUGACUGCUGUGCUGGCCUACUGGCUGGCCACACGGCCACGCGCCAUCUCUCCUCCCUGCAACCUCCGGCACCAGUCUGAGGAAGUGCUGCAUGAAGAUGGGGUUCGCAGGUCCAUGCUGGGGGACAGCCCCAAUAAGCUGCUGACACACUACCAUGAGGAUGCCAAGACCAUGUACGAGGUGUUCCAGAGAGGCCUCCACAUAGCCGGUGAUGGACCUUGUUUAGGCUCCCGGCUACCCAACCAGCCUUACAAGUGGCUGUCCUAUAAAGAGGUCACGACCCGGGCGGAGCACUUGGGGUCGGGGCUGCUGAGCCAGGGCUGCACGCCAAGCCCAGAUCAGUUCAUCGGAGUGUUUGCACAGAACAGGCCAGAGUGGAUCAUUUCGGAGCUGGCCUGCUACACCUACUCUAUGGUGGUGGUGCCUCUGUAUGACACACUAGGGCCUGAUGCCAUACGGUACAUCAUUAACACUGCCGACAUCAUCACAGUGAUCUGCGACAAGCCUGAGAAGGCCCAGGUGCUGCUGGGUAACGUGGAGAGGCAGGAAACCCCCGGGCUGAAGAGGAUCAUCCUCAUGGACCCCUUUGACCCUGCACUGCUGGAGCAGGGGGAAGGCUGCGGGGUCAUUGUCCAGUCCAUGCAAGACGUUGAGGCACUGGGCAGAGAGAAGCAUAGAAAUCCCAUGCCACCUACACCAGAAGACCUGUCCAUUGUGUGCUUCACCAGUGGUACCACAGGAAACCCAAAGGGAGUCAUGCUGACACACGGGAAUGUAGUGGCUGAUUUCUCAGGCUUCCUCAAAGUCACAGAUAAAGUCAUAUCCCCAAACCAAGACGAUGUUCUCAUCUCCUUCCUGCCUUUGGCUCACAUGUUUGAGAGACUCAUCGAGUCUGUGGUGUAUUGUCAUGGUGGCCGGAUCGGCUUUUUCCAAGGUGACAUCCGCCUGCUGUCUGAUGACAUGAAGGCCUUACGGCCCACCAUCUUCCCUGUGGUGCCUCGAUUGCUCAACCGCAUGUACGACAAGAUCUUCAGCCAGGCCAACACCCCAUUAAAGCGCUGGCUGCUGAACUUUGCAGCCAAGAGAAAAGGGGCAGAGGUCAGCAGUGGGAUCAUCCGCAUGGACAGCCUGUGGGAUAAGAUAUUCUUCAGUAAGAUACAGGCCAGCCUGGGUGGGAGGUUACGUAUGAUUGUAACUGGAGCUGCUCCGGCCUCCCCCACCGUACUGGGAUUUCUCAGGGCAGCACUGGGUUGUCAGGUGUAUGAGGCGUAUGGUCAGACGGAGUGUACUGCUGGUUGUACUUUCACCACUCCUGGAGACUGGACCUCAGGUCAUGUGGGGGCACCACUGCCAUGUAACCUCAUCAAGCUGGUGGAUGUGGCUGAAAAGAACUACUUUGCUGCCAAAGGAGAAGGAGAGGUGUGUGUGAAAGGGCCCAAUGUUUUUAAGGGCUACCUUAAAGACCCAGGGAGGACGGCUGAAACGCUAGACACAGACGGUUGGCUCCACACAGGAGACAUAGGGAAAUGGUUACCUAACGGUACACUAAAGAUCAUUGACCGGAAGAAGCACAUCUUUAAGCUGGCCCAGGGAGAGUACAUCUCCCCUGAGAAGAUAGAGAACAUUUACAUCCGCUGUGAGCCUGUGACCCAGCUCUACGUCCAUGGUGACAGUCUACAGUCCUGUCUGGUUGCCAUAGUUGUUCCUGACCCAGAGACAAUGCCUGCUUGGGCCCUGAAGAAAGGCAUGGAGGGGAGCUAUCGGGACCUCUGUAAAAAUACUGUCCUGAAGAAAGCCAUCAUGGAAGACUUGCAACGACUGGGCAAGGCGAGCGGCCUCCACUCGUUUGAGCAGGUGAAAAACAUCUACGUCCACAAUGAGCUAUUCUCGAUACAGAAUGGCCUGUUGACUCCGACACUAAAAGCAAAGAGACCUGAGCUGAGGGAGUUUUUCAAGGGGAAGAUUGAAGACCUGUACGAAAACAUCUCCAUGUGAAACACCACCACAAACUAAAAGCCUGGUUCUCAGCAACAAUCACUCCACAUUCACAUUUACCCUUCACUCCACUUCACCCCUAUGAAACCACAACAACAGACUCAAAUCAGUCAAACAAGUUACUGACUGUGGUUCAGGAAGGAAUAAUCGAUUUCUCUUUUGACGCCCGCUGACCGAGUGUUGCCCGCUGCCCCACGGCAGCCAAUGUAGAUCUUCAACCAAAUCAGCCUCCUCUCCAUCUAGAAACGGCAGCAACAGACAGUCAACAUAGCCUGCACGUUCCUCUUUCCUUUGUAGGCCUAUCAAAACAUAACUUAAAGAUUGCAUCAGUUUUUUUCCCGACAUGAUGUGCUCAGAGUUUGCCUGGUAAGAACAUACAUACAUGGGCUAAGGGCAGUGCAUGCAGUGUGCUCUGCAUUGUUGGGACUAUUGUUACAUGAUACUUCAAAAUUUGUCCUGGGAUUUUCUGGCCGUCGACAGUCAAACUGUAAGGCUUUCUCAUGUAGUCGAUAUCGACAAGCUCCACCCAUUUGACGGAGGUUAGAACAAAAUGGACAGUGACAUUUUGAGUUUACAUAGUACAAAUGUAUAGGCUUUGGAGUUCAUUUUGGUCGCAAAGUAUCACUAUGUAGAUGUAGAUGUAAGCAUAUGAAUGGAUUUUGUUUUUUUGUGCGUGUAGUGAGAUGAAUUGUAACUUUUAUUGAAUUUUCUGUCAUAUGGAAUCAUCACCAUAUCCUUGUAUUGAAUGAGUGCAUCAAUAGGGAUUAGGGGUGGGGAUGGGGCAGAGAAAAAUCUAAUAAAUUCUGGAAUUAUGUAUUUAUUUAUUUAUUUUCCAUGUCAAGCGAUGCUGAAUCAAACUAAAACAGGAUUACCUUUGCAUUGCAACACUGACUCAUUUGGCUGGGCGAUAUAGACAAAGUGUUAGCUAUGAUCACGAUAGUGAUAAAGGGUCAUAUGAGCAUGCCCAUGGUUGGACAGGUGGCACAGUCUCCAUAGAAGUGUUCAGCCUGUGCUUUUGGAGUCUAUUGAGCUUUACACAGUUAGCGUGGCUGUGUGAUUGGUUGAAGUUUACUAUGGCACAACAAAAGUCUACGUCGAGCUAGCAGAUGCUAGUGCCUGCUUCUUGUCAGCAGCCAACAACCACAAUGUGGAACGCUGAAGGUCUAUAGGGUAUAUUUUCUUCAAGUACCUCAGAUGAUGUUUCAUCAUCAUAUUUGAUGUCUGAUUUUAGUGGGGGAAAGGCUGCACUUACAGAGCCUCUGAAAUAUGUUUGUGGGCAGUAGAACCUCACGUUGUCUUUUACAGCUAACCAAUUAACCUCCAUAUCGAAGUUGCAUGGGGGUAAGGGUUUCGACUCAAGCUCAAAGGAAUGGCUAGCAAUUGUCAUUUUACUGGGUUUUUAGUGAACUGAGGCCUGAAGACUAGCCCACAAAGUACAUGCCUACAUGAUUUAGCUCUGCAGGCUAACACAGUGUUGUGACACAGUCAGCCAGGGCUCAAAUCAUAGCGUCCUUCACACAGAUUAAUAUAAUGAAUUUGCAACAUCCAGCUCAUUUUAUUUGGUAAAACACUAUUUAAUUUUUUUUACACCGUGUCAAAAACAAAUACUUGAUUUAAGCCCUUGGCUCCUAUAAGGACCAUAGGCCGUUGAUGGUAAUCCUCGUCCAUCUCACUUAUUUUGGGGCAAGUUUUUCAAGUUUGCACCAGUUGAGGCCGCUCUCAGUCAUUUCUGCCUGGACAAAUACACCUGUCACGUAAAUAUCUAACCAGAAUUUAUUUUUUAUUUUUAAUCCUGAGUCACAAUCACAAGUCUCUGCUUACCAACAAGCUGUUCAGAGGAUAACAUGAAUCCACUUCACAGAUGUGAUUGACAUAUGUAGGGGAGAGUAUGAGGAUUGUGUACAUUGCAUCUGGCAGAACAAGCAUGCUUGUACAGCACUUUUGUAAAUUAAUGUAAAGGAUAAAAGGUAAACCAUUUUUCUUUGCAUGUGAAACCAUGGGACUGGUGAGGAAUCAAUAGAAAAUGUAUAGUCAAAUUCCAACUGAUGAAUGUAAACAGGGCAGAAUAUAAAUAAUCAUGUAGUAUGUUUAAAAAAUAUAUAAAUAAUAGUAUGUUUUAUAGUAAAGCUAAAUGAUGGGCAGGAGAGGAAUAAAGCUGUACAUGUUGGAUAUUUGAA